CAUCUUUUCCCGUUAGGACGACGGACUGCGCAUGCGCAGGAGCUCACACAUUUUUAUAUAUAAGGAUGACCUGGGCAAUCACACUACGUUUCCCGUUCAGUGCUGUCCCGUCUGUUGUCAAGGUCAGCAAUGAAGGUCUUCUACAGGUCAAUCUGGGCCCUGUGGGUAUUUUGGACAGGGGCCAACUCCGCCCCUUGGAUGACUCUAAACUCUAAGGCUGAACUUCCGGUUGGUUACCAUUUGAACUACGUCAGGGCAUUCCCUGCCCCAAAUUGGGCUCACGACGACCCCAUCAAGCAAUCUGUCGCCCAAAUAGACAGGGGACUCUUUCGUUCAAACGACUACGCCGUUGUCAUGCUUGAAUCAGGAGAAGAGGAAGACCCGUUCUCCAGGUUGCUCUUCGCCGUGCAAGAACCGACCAGAGAGGCAAGCAGCCAAUCACAGACCAAUGAAGGACAAUUGGCUAAGGAUAAUAGUUAUUUAGGAGAAGAAGAAUCUUUCACAGGAUCCUUCGAGGGGUUAGGAAAUUCCCAGCGGAGGAGGACGAGAAGGAAGGCAGAGAGCGAUAAGGUGGACGAAAAUACCAACAGAAGCGGAGAGAACGACGGAGAAGUUGAUGAUGAAGAAGAAGAAGACGGACAGGGCAGACAGGAAAGAGAGGCUAAGAACAACAGGGAGACGAGGGACGAAGACAAAUGCAAAGUCAGUGACGAGGACAAAGAUGACUCCAGACACAGCAGGAAGGAUGGCAGUAAGGAGAAGAAGAAGAAGGACAGCUGUGAAGAGGAUAAGGAUAAAGAUAAAGAUAAGGACAAAGAUAAGGAUAAGGAUAAGGAUUCAGACAGUAGCACCACAGCAAGCCCCAGCGUUCCAGCUCAGAUAGUUCCUGGUCAGACUGUCCCAGGUCAAGGUGCUCCAGGUCAGACUGUCCCAGGUCAAGGUGCUCCAGGUCAGACUGUUCCAGGUCAAGGUGCUCCAGGCCAGAUUGUACCAGGUCAGAGUUUCCCAGGUCAAGGUGUUCCAGGUCAGACUGUCCCAGGUCAUGGAGCUCCAGGUCAGACUGUCCCUGGUCAAAUAGUUCCAGGUCAGACUGUCCCAGGUCAAAUAGUUUCAGGUCAGACUGUCCCAGGUCAAAUAGUUCCAGGUCAGAUUGUCCCAGGUCAAGGUGUUUCAGGUCAGACUGUCCCAGGUCAAGGUGCUCCAGGUCACAUUGUUCCUGGUCAAAUAGUUCCAGGUCAGAUUGUCCCAGAUCAAGGUGCUCCAGGUCAGACUGUCCCAGGUCAAGGUGUUCCAGGUCAGACUGUUCCAGGUCAAGGUGUUCCAGGUCAGACUGUCCCAGGUCAUGGUGUUCCAGGUCAGACUGUCCCAGGUCAAGGUGCUCCAGAUCAGACUGUCCCUGGUCAAAUAGUUCCAGGUCAGACUGUCCCAGGUCAAAUAGUUCCAGGUCAGAUUGUCCCAGGUCAAGAUGUUUCAGGUCAGACUGUCCCAGGUCAAGGUGUUCCAGGACAGACUGUCCCAGGUCAAGGUGCUCCAGGUCACAUUGUUCCUGGUCAAAUAGUUCCAGGUCAGAUUGUCCCAGGUCAAAUAGUUCCAGGUCAGAUUGUCCCAGGUCAAGGUGCUCCAGGUCAGAUUGUCCCAGUUCAAGGUGCUCCAGGUCAGACUUUCCCAGGUCAAGGUCUUCCAGGUCAGACUGUCCCAGGUCAAGGUCUUCCAGGUCAGACUAUCCCAGGUCAAAUAGUUCCAGGUCAGACUGUCCCAGGUCAAGGAGUUCCAGGUCAGACUGUCCCAGGUCAUGGAGUUCCAGGUCAGACUGUCCCAGGUCAAGGAGUUCCAGGUCAGACUGUCCCAGGUCAUGGUGUUCCAGGUCAGACUGUCCCAGGUCAAGGGGCUCCUGGUCAGAGUGCCCCAGGUCAUGGUGUUCCAGGUCAAGGGGUUCCAGGUCAGAGUCCCCCAGGUCAAGGUGUUCAAGCUCUGAAUUUCCCAGGUCAAGUUGUUCCAGGUCAGAGCAUCCCAGCUGAAAGUGUUCCAGGUCAGAACAUCCCAGCUGAAAGUAUUCCAGGUCAGAGUGUCCCAGCAGAAGGUGAUCCAGGUAAGAGUAUCCCAAGUGAGCCAACUCAAAGUGCUGCAGUUCCAGGUUCCACCUCAAUCCAGAACACUGCAGUUCCAGGUGCCUCAGUUACAGUAUCUCAAAACAUUGUAGUUCCAGGUGCCGCAGCCAAUGCAACUCAGAACAGUGGAGCACCCGGUGCCACAGCAGCUCAGAACACUGUAGUUCCAGGUGCCACAGUCGCAGCAACUCAGAACACGGGAGUUCCAGGUUCCAGUGCAAAUCAGAACACUGUAGUUCCAGGUGCCACAGUUGUAGCAACUCAAAACACGGGAGUUCCAGGUGCCACAGCAACUCAAAACACUGAGGUGCCAGGUGCCACAGUCACAGCAACACAAGACACUGCAGUUCCAGGGGCCUCAGCCACUGCACCUCAGAACACAGCACCUCCAAGUGCCAGAGCAGUUCAGAACACCGUAGUUCCAGGCGCCACAGUUACGACAACUCAAAACACUGCAGUUCCAGGUGCCACAGCCAAUUUCACUCAGAACACUGUAGUUCCAGGUGCCACAGUCACAGCAAAUCAAAACACUGUAGUCUCAGGCGCUACAGGAACUCAAAACACUGUAGUUCCAGGCGCCACAGUCACAGCAAAUCAAAACACUGGGGGGGGGGGAGGGGGGGAGGAGUCUCAGGCGCUACAGAAACUCAAAACACUGUAUUUCCAGGCGCUACAGUCCCAACAGGGCAAAAAUUUCCCAAAACCAAUGUAUUUUUCAGGUGCCACAGGAACUCAGAACACUGUAGUCCCAGGUGCCACAGUCACGGCAACUCAAAACACUGUAGUUUCAGGUGCCACAGCCAAUGCAACUCAAAAUGAUGUGGCUCCAGGUGCCACAGCCAACGCAACUCAAAAUGAUGUGGCUCCAGGUGCCACAGCCAACGCAACUCAAAAUGAUGUGGCUCCAGGUACCACAGCCAACGCAACUCAAAAUGAUGUGGCUCCAGGUGCCGCAGCCAACCCAAUUCUGAAAGAUGCGGUUUCAAGCGACACAACAACUCAAAACACCGCAGUAACAGAAGACACAACAACCCAAAAUGCCACGGGACCAGAUGGUACCACAGAAGAAAGCACCACACUACGAUUUUAA